AUGGGUCACAUCUGGUCAGCGUUCAUUCGCGAGACUUUUCCUCCGUCGGCGCAGUUUUUCGCGUCUGAUGUCCCAGACAUGUCUGGAAAGGUUGUUCUCGUCACUGGUGCUAAUUCAGGGAUAGGCAAGGAGACCGCCAGAGUCCUCCUCACAAAAAACGCCAAGGUUUACGUUGCUUGUCGCGACAAGACCAAAGGUGAAGACGCUAUUCGCGACCUGAAGGAGAGCACAGGAAAAGAAGCGUGUUUCUUGCAACUCAACUUGGCAAACCUGAGGUCUAUCAAGGCUUCUGGAGAAGAGUUUCUGCGGCGAGAACCUGUACUGCACGUCCUAUUCAACAAUGCUGGGGUAAUGACUCCUCCUAUGGAGAUGUUGACGGAAGACGGUUAUGACCUGCAAUUUGGCACAAAUGUCCUUGGUCACUUCUACUUCACGAAAACCAUCAUGCCUGCGCUUCUAGCGGGUGCCUCGCAGUCACCUGACGGAACUGCACGCAUUGUGAACACAUCUUCUAAUGCCCACUGGCUCAGCAGUCUAGACUACAAUACGUUCAAGGAUUCUCCUGCCAGGCAAAAGAAGAGCGCUAUGAAUCUCUAUGGCCAAAGCAAAUUGCUAGACGAUAUGGCGACCACGGGUAUAGUCUCGACAGCACUCAACCCCGGUGGUAUCAAGACUGAGCUUAGCCGUUAUUAUGACCCCAUUAGCAAAAUGAUAGGCAACAUGGUUUUCCAUGAUGUAUCAUAUGGCGCGCUCACGCAGUUGUACGCUGGAACGACUGCAGAAGGAGCUAAUCUUAACGGAAAGUACCUUGUUCCAUGGGCGCGCAUUGGGAACACACACCCAGACGCACAGGAUCCACAGCAGGCUUCAGAGCUAUGGAACUGGCUUGAGGAUCAAGUCAAGGAUCUUUAG